CAAUUACCUAAAUAGUUGCAAAAUUAUAAAGCAUAUUAAAAUACUUAUGGCAAACUUUUGAAUAACCGAAACAAAAGCAACUACAAAAAUUGCAAAGUAAAACGAACUUGCGCAGCAAAAAAAGUUUGCCACUAAAAGGCAAUAGCAGUCAAGUGCAACAGCAACAAAUAUAACAACAAAUAAGAGAAAGAGUUAAAGCAACAACAACAACAGCAACAAGGGAGCCGCAACAAGAACAACAUGGGAAAAAAGAGCUCCAAGUUGAAACAGGAUACCAUUGAUCGCUUAACAACGGACACAUACUUCACAGAGAAAGAAAUACGUCAAUGGCACAAAGGAUUCCUGAAAGACUGUCCCAACGGCCUGCUCACGGAGCAAGGCUUCAUCAAAAUCUACAAACAAUUCUUUCCACAAGGCGAUCCCAGUAAAUUCGCAUCGCUCGUCUUUCGCGUCUUCGAUGAGAACAACGAUGGCUCCAUUGAGUUUGAGGAGUUCAUACGCGCCUUAUCCGUCACAUCGAAGGGCAACCUGGACGAAAAACUGCAGUGGGCCUUCCGUCUGUACGACGUGGACAACGAUGGCUACAUAACGCGGGAGGAGAUGUACAACAUAGUGGAUGCGAUCUACCAGAUGGUGGGACAGCAACCGCAAUCGGAGGACGAGAACACGCCGCAGAAACGAGUGGACAAGAUCUUCGAUCAGAUGGACAAAAACCACGAUGGCAAAUUAACAUUAGAAGAAUUUCGUGAGGGUAGUAAAGCUGAUCCACGUAUAGUUCAGGCGUUAAGUUUAGGUGGUGGUUAAAUCGAUUAACAAUGGCCGAUUACCGAUAACAUACCCGAUUCCAAUUCCACAAAAACUAAGCGCGCAAUAAACUGAAAUAAAAAAGAAAUUAAAACUGCAAGUUGUUCGAAACCCGCUAAAAAAAAUUAAUUAACUUAACUAUAUGGAAGUUUGUGGGUGGGGGCGGGCUGGUACGGUGCCACGCCCCCUACCGCUUCGUUUGCAUUCGCUUCUCCACUCUUCACUCUCUCUUCUCUCCACGCUUUUCUCAAUUCUCAAUUCUCGAUUCCCGAUUCUCGUUUCUUGAUUCUCGAUUCUCCGCGCGUCGCUUGCGACACUGAAGAUGAUAAUAAUUUUUUGAUAUAUGGAUAAAGAAUAACUAAUGAGAUGGAAAUCCAAACAAACGAACCGAAAUGAAAAUCGAAAUGAAAUUAAUUUUUAAAUAUACACCAGAAUAUAAAUAUAUAGGAAAUCAUGGCGUAGUCAGAGCGCAGUUCAUAGCAAUAAUGGAAAAACAAAAAGAUGAAAAAAGCAAAACAAAAAAAAAAAGUCGAAUGAUAAAUAAACUAAUACUAAUUUUAACUUAAAUCGAAUGGCGCAGAGGCGCAAAUUAAUUUUUGAAGCAUACACCAAUUACGAGUAAACUAAUUAAACCUACGAUUAAAUCAGCAUAACUAUAUUAAACAAUUAAACGAUACAAUUAGAGCCGAACAAAGCCUACGCAUCAAUUGUGCAGCCUUCGAAGCAAAGCGAGUUAUAUAAACUCGAUCCGAGUCAGCUAAAUCCACUCACGACAGCCAACAGCAGCCACUAUAUCCACACUUAAUAUAUAUAUAUACAUAUAGAUACAGUAUCAAUCCGAUAAGUGGCCGCAAACAGGACAAACAGAGUUCAGAGUUCACAGCUUAGAGGUCGUCCAACAGCAGAGGGGAGCUAGCUUGAAAAGAUCAUAAAAAAAUAGAACACUUUAACGAUUACGAGAGAUACUUACACAUAUUACCCAUUUCCAAGUGCAUUCACUUUAGCAACUUGGGCAAUUUGGCAAUAUUUGAAUUAAAGAAGAUGGGGAAAAAUGAGAUAAAACUACUUCAUGUUUUCUGAUUCUCCAUCAGUAUUUACAUACUUAAUUUCGGCAACACCAAUGUUUUUGCAAGUGUAAAAAUAAUGCUUAGCUAGAAGGUUUCCCUAUAUCCAUUGCUUAAGAUUCUUAGCAAAUUUCCUUUUAUUCAAACUAUGUAUUUCGGUAGCUAAAAACUGCUUUUAUUAACAGGUCUUUGUUUUGAGAAAUGAAAGAUGAUUUAUGGGCAAGUUCCAUAAGCAGCAGAGAAUGUGUUUAUUUUCAGGCUCUACUUUCAAGCCAGCUGCCUCACAGUCAUGAAACGCACCUUGAUCAGCUUCCAUUCAGCUCCCCUGCGAAAAGAGAUUGAAUCUGCAGAUGAGUUUCGCCCGCAUACAAAAAGUGUUGCAUACCCAACAGGCGCAGAAAGGUGUUUGCUUUCGUUUGCUCGCUCCCUCUCUCUCUCUCUCCGUCUCUCUUUCAACUAUCUUUCUCUAUUUCUUUCCCUCACUCUCUCUCUCUCUCUCUAUCUGUAUAUUCUGCUUUGCCUUGUUUUCCGUUAAGCGUUAUACGUUUCCAACAACAAUAACCAAUCCAAACCUAACCAAACCAAACCAAACCAAACCAUAUUUACAAUAACAACAAUAACAACACGAACAUAUUGACAAUAGGCGGAGCAGGAUGAGCAGAGAAAAAAGGAUAUCCAAAGGUCUUGAGAACAGCGCCCAGAAAUCCAUAAUUCCAUGAAUCCAUGAAGCACAGCUCCAGAAUUCCAGAAAUAGCUGCGAAAUGAAGCCAUUAAUAAAUGAUAAGCUAAUGAAAGAACGCACAGCUACAACCAGAGCCACAUCACCAGCCAGAACAUGAACAUAUAUAUAUAUAUACACAAAUGUAUAUCCAAUAUCCUCGAGACGCAGCAGAAAAAAAAAGAAGCAAGGAAGUUGGAGCAGUUAUAUAUAUACAUAUAUAUAUAUAUACGAGUAUAACAAUGAAACAAAUCCAUCAUACGAUUUAAUUUCUAUUCUAUAUGCGGUUCAGCUUUAUUAUUGCAUUGAUUUUUCAAUAAACCAGUCAACCGUUUUACUAUUCCGAUGACUAUCUAUAAAUACUGAAUCCCCGCUUUCUCACGCCCCCCACCCAAAAAACAAAAAAAAAAAAAAAGAAAAUACAACCCGUUUAGUAGCCUUUGUGUAAUCUAGAUCUAGGGAGAUUUCGGACUCCCUGAAAGACACAAGCACUAACACUCACCCAAACACACACUCAAACACACACACGCUCUCACACAUACUGUAUAUCUAUAUAGUGCCUAUGUAUGUAGUAGUGUUUCUUAUGAUUUCGCCUGCUUUGCCUUCUUUGAGAACGAACAUUCCCAAUUGACCGAUUUACGUUUAUCUUUUCCUAUGCUUUCCAUAUAUUUAAGCACCGAUCUAAAAGAAUAAUCACGAUACAAAUUUAAGAGUAAAAUGCCGUGCAACCCAAACACUUCUACCUAAAAACACCGACACACGCACACACAUAGCCAUAUGUAUAUGUAUAUAUAUAUACAUGUAUGCCUAAACUUAUAUAUACUCUUUAUCGUAAGCACAGCAAUCGAAAGCAAGUUAAGGAACUAUAACGAAACCAAAAAUUGAAUACAAAAACGCUUCUAUAAACCUCACUGAAAUUCUUCAAAGAAAAAACUGAAAAAACACAUACGCAAACUGACACACCCACACACACACAAAAACACAAAAACACACUUGUACGAGUAUAUUAACAAUAAACGUAAUGCGAAAACCUAAUCAAUAAUUAAAUAAUUCGAAAGUGAUAUAGCUGACAAAACAAAUGUGUCUGUAGUAGUCUAGUAGUUAAAAGAAAUUGAAACGAAACGAAAGAAAACAAAACAAAAAAAAAAGGAAAUUUAUAAAUAAUAUUAACUAAACUAUUAUAUGUGACAGAUUAAAUUGGAGGCGACGGGGAAAACGCAACGCAAUUUUCACGUUGACCGCUCUUUUUUUUUUGUAAGCAGGCGGCUGAGGCGGAAAUAAGCAAAUCAAACUGUAAAUAACACUAAGUGAAUCACGCACACCACACCACAAGACACACCCUCACACACACACGCGCAUACCCACUCGCACACUGACAGAAACAAGGAGUACCGAAUAAGUUUGUUAACACCAAAAUAUAACGGGUCUUAAGUAACGAAAAAUAAUUAUAAUAUUAGUGCGAAAAAUGCAAAAAUGCAAAGAAGCAAAAACGCAGCAGAGAAGAAAAAUCAUAACAGCAGUAAGUUAGAGCAAGGAAUUUUUUUUUGUGGAUUGAAUUGGAUGGGUAUGCAAUGAAUCAAGUCAAUUGUAAUAGCCGACAAAACGAAUACGAGAAUUAUAAAAUAUUUAUAUUCAUUUACAAUGGGCCGGCGAGUGAGGCUUUUCCCCGGAAAAUGCGGUGAAAAGCAGUUGUAGAAGUCGAUGAAGAUGAGUUUCUUUCCACCGCCGUUGACAAACCACACGAAUGUCAAGUUAAACGUUUCACAAGCAAUAUUUUACAUACUUAUACAUGCAUUAUAUACACAUAUAUACUUAUAUAUAUAUAUGGGUAAAAUAUAUAUAUAAAUAAAUAUACGAUAAUAAAUAUAUACAUAACUUAUAUACACACUCCGCAAUAACGAGUCGACCGGCUAAAUAGACAUAAUAAUUAUAAUAAAAUAUUGCAUGGCAGAUACACGGAUAUCCAAGCGAAAUGUCUGAUCAUAAUGCGUGAAUAAGCGUUUAAAAACCAGACGAUAGCGGCAGAUAGUGGGGAAUUAAUAACAUUUUUAGUGAUAUUCUAUAGCAAAAUUGAAUCUGAUUUCCUUGCUAAGAACAAAACGAAAUGUAUAAAGUCACGAAGAAUUCAAAACCAAAAGCCGAAAACGAAAACCGAAAAUGUAACGAAAAUAACAUCAGUUUAAGCAAAAGGUCGUAUAUUUUACAAAAAAUAAAAGAAAACAAAUGCAACCAAACAAACAAAACGUAAUGAAAUGAAAUGAAAUGCUAAAAAACCAAAAUACCAAAAAAAGAAACCAAUUUUUUUCUCCCAUUUACCUUGACUCGACUUUCAUUUCGUUCGAUAUAUCCUGUGUACUACUCUAUUUGCCUUUACUUACCAUCAUUAUUAUGUCGAUUGUUAUUAUUAUGAUUGUAUGGCAAUGUCGAAGAUAACAAUUAUUGUGUAAACCUAAACAUACACAUGCAAAACGUAAAUGAAAUGAAAAUGAAAAAAAAUGAAAUGAGAACUUUAUAGAACAUACAAAUGAAAAUCAAAUUCUUUUACCAAGGAAAAAUACUUAAUUAUUUUUUUUAAGUAAUCGCCUAAGGGGGAAUGGAAAAUUUAUCUUGUUACUGUCAGAAAAUAUUACUUACUUCAAAUAAAAAUUUUAA